AUGGAGAAGAUGAAGCAGUUGAUACAUCAGCGCGGUCAAGUGAAAGGGCGAGUAACGAAAAUCGUUAGGAAGCUUAGUGAAGCGGCAGAUGAACCGGAAACCACGAGUUUUUCGCAGUUGAAGGCAUUAGAGAAGAAACUGGAACUGAAUUACUCCGAGUACACAAUGAAGCAUGACUUGAUCAUUGACAUGUGCAACGGUGAGAAUUUGGAGGAACAGGACGAGAAGAUGGAGGAGUUCGAUGAGCUGCAUACUGAUGCAUUGAUGAAGCUUAAUCUUCUGAUGGAUUUCUUCCGUGGUAAUCCCGCAUCGACUAACGUUGGAGCUCCUCAAGUAAUCGUCACCCAGCAACCUCUAAGGACACCGAUUCCAACUUUCGAUGGAAAGUACGAAGGUUGGCCGAAAUUCAAGGCGCUAUUCAACGACCUGGUUGGAAAGUGCGGUGACUCCGAUGCCACCAAGCUACAGUACCUUGACAAAGCAUUGAUCGGGGAUGCUUCUGGUAUACUGGACGCUAGAAUCAUCAAUAACAACAACUACCUGCAAGCGUGGAAGCUGUUAGAAGAGCGUUUUGAGAAUCCUAGAGUGAUAAUUGAUACUCACAUAUCUGGUUUGCUGUCUAUGAAAGCAAUUCCCAAGCAGAGCUACAAGGAUUUGAGAUCACUAAUCGACACGUGCAGUCGUCAUGUGGAAGGCCUGAGGUUCAUGAAACAGGAGGUUGACGGAACGGCGGGACUCAUCGUAGUGAAAUUAUUAGCCUUGUGCCUGGAUGGAGAAACACGGAAGCAGUGGGAGCAAACCUUGGAGCAUGGCGAACUUCCCGAUCUGGAUGACACCCUGAAGUUUCUCCGCAAUUAUUGCCAGGUACUCGAGAGAUGCGAGGUAGACAUGGCGUCAGCAAAGAUAGCAUUUAAACCACUUGCAACCGGAAGAACAACCGCCCAACCGAGAAAUUCGCAUCCAGUGACUUCGAGUUCAUCGGAUAAUGUGUGUGAAUUAUGUGAAGGUCAGCACAGCAACUACAAAUGUUCUAAAUUCUUGAGCAUGAGUAUCGAUCAGCGUGUUACCAAAGCGAAACAAGUUGGAUUAUGUUUCAACUGCCUUCGUAAGGGUCAUCAAAGCAGAAUCUGUCCCUCGGACAAGGUAUGUUCGAAGUGCUCUAAAAGGCACCAUACAAUGCUGCAUUUCGAGCAGGUGUCCCAAGCUGAACCGGAACAACAGAGUGAUAGCGGAGAAUCUGGUUCAACCGAAGUGAAGAUAGUAUCAACAUUGCUCCCGGAAAAUCCUGUGUCCACAGCAUGUUCUAGUGUUCAGCGACGAGCGAAACAAGUGCUUUUGAUGACGGCAUUGGUGAAUGUAGUGGCGAAGAGUGGAAAGUCCUUGAAAUUACGUGCUCUUCUCGAUUCGGGAUCUCAAGUCAAUUUGAUUUCUGAUUCCGCCGUGAAGCUACUGUCUCUUCCAAAGUAUCCAGCCAAUAUUCCUGUAGUGGGCGUGGGUGGUACUCGAUCUCAGAUUCGACAUCAUGUGAUCUUGAAGCUAUUCUCUGAUUAUUCUAAAUUCGAGAGUAAUGUGGACUGUUUGGUGACAACGAGAGUGACGGGGAAGAUUCCAUCCGUUGCAGUCAACAUCUCGGAAUGGAGGUUUCCUCCAGGAAUUGUGUUGGCCGAUCCCAGUUUUAAUGAAUCGAAGGAUGUGGAUCUACUGAUUGGUGCGGAGCUAUUUUUCCAAAUUUUGAAGCAAGCCCAGUUGAAGAUUUCCGAAGAUUUGCCUACUCUGUAUGAGACCCAAUUCGGGUGGGUUAUGGCUGGUGCUAUAGAUGAAGUCGAUGAUGACGUCGUAAACGUAUUAUGCGCAACUGAUGAGGACCCAUUACUGAAGAGUAUUCAAAGAUUUUUUGAACAAGAGGAGCUUCCAGAGGAGAGGGUACUCACGAGUGAGGAAGAAGCGAUUGAGGAGCAUUUUCGUUCAACGUACCAUCGAGAUGAGCAAGGUCGAUUUGUGGUUCAACUUCCGUUCCGUGAAUCUCUCAACCAACUAGGGGAUUCUCGGUCAUUAGCAAUGAGAAGAUUCUUGUCAAGUGAGAGGCGCCUGGCCAACGACCCUGAGAUGAAGAAUAUGUACCAAUCCUUCCUUAAGGAAUACGAAGAUCUCGGCCACUGUCAUGAGAUUCGCGAGGAAGACGAUCCUCCGGGUCAACAGAGUUACUACUUUCCGCAUCAUGCUGUCCUUAAACCUUCAAGUACUAGCACAAAGUUACGUGUUGUGUUUGACGGAAAGGCGAAGUCUAAUGGUUUAUCUCUUAAUGAGGUUUUGAUGAUCGGCCCUAAGAUCCAGAGCGAUCUGUUUUCUAUCGUGCUCCGUUUCAGGAAACACGUUUAUGCAUUUUCAGCUGAUGUCGAGAAAAUGUAUAGACAGGUGAAAAUUGAUCACAGUCAAACCCGAUAUCAAAGAAUAUUUUGGCGAGACCAAUCGAAUGAACCGUUGAGGGUGUUGGAAUUGACAACGGUGACCUACGGGACAUCACCCGCUUCAUUCCUAGCCGUAAGGUCUAUGCUGCAACUAGCAAGAGAAGAAAAAGUUAACUUUCCUGCCGCAGCGCAGGUUGUGACGGAGGAUUGUUACAUGGACGAUGUGUUGAGUGGUGCUUCUACUUUGGACUCUGCAAAACAAUUGAGAUCCGACAUUGAGGAGCUUCUGAAGAGAGGAAUGUUUCCAAUCAAAAAGUGGUGUUCGAAUGACGAAGAUGUGCUUGAAGGUGUCCCCGAGCAGGACCGUGAAACCUUGGUGCGCAUUCAAGAUUCAAGCACCAACGAGACCAUUCGUGCCUUGGGUAUUUUGUGGAAUCCACGAAGUGACAUGUUCCUGUUUUGUAGAAACUAUUGA